UUCUUUUAUUUGUCAUGUGUCCAGGGAUAUGCCCAGGUGGAUAUAAACAAUUCUGGCAAGACCACACGUCAUUGGACCUUGGAACUCCGAUUCAACUAUCAACUACACUUGUCACUACCACACAGUAAAUACUUUUUCCUCUCUUUUCGCCUUUUCGGCCUUUCGGCAUCGGUUCCAGAACAACGGGUUACGAUGUGGGAUGAUGACGACACCACGAUCAUCGAUUCAAAUGAGAUCCGUCUUAUCCCCCCUGCCCUGGGUACCUAUGUAUUAUAAUUGUAUAUUAUACAGUACAUAAUAUACCAUACUCGAUGCCCUCAAGGUAUCAUUAAUCGGCAACCAUGUCGACAACCGAAGAAAAUGGCGACUCGGAGCGCUCACGCGGAGCUUCGUCUCAGGAACCUCCUUCCCCGGAUUCCCCCGCCACGGCGCUCAACAGAAGGUCAUCGAGUUGCGAGUGCCCUCCCACGGAAAAGUACCAUGAUGGCCACCGACCGUGUACCCUGGAGACGCAUCCGUCUCAGCUGCGUGCGACCAGCCGGGAUGAUGUGGUGGACGGAACCUCAAGCGCCAUCCGGCCGUCGGUUUCUCGGCGGGACACCGCGCUGUCGCGACUGCGGUCUCGCCCGAUAGUCCCGGUGUUCUCGCACCCCCUCGCGAAGCAGAAAACUGGACCGGACUACAUCGUCGACUUCGACGGGCCCGACGACCCCUUCCGCCCCUUGAAUUGGCCGCGGCACAAGAAGGUCACCACCACCCUGCUCUACGCUCUGGUCACCAUGUCCGCCACCUGGGCCUCAUCUUCUUACUCCGCCGGCACUGUGCAGAUCGCCCAGGAGUUUGGCGUCGGCACGCAAGUAGCCACUCUGGGCACCACGCUCUUCCUCCUCGGCUUCGGUCUAGGCCCUUUGCUGUGGGCGCCGCUCUCAGAGGUGUACGGUCGUCGCAUGGCGGUCCUGACGCCCAUGUUCGUCGCCAUAUGCUUCUCCUUCGCCUCGGCCGUGUCCAAAGACUUCCAGACGCUCAUGCUGACGCGGUUCUGGGGCGCUUUCUUCGCCUCCGCUCCGGUCACCAAUACCGGUGGUGUCCUGGGCGACCUCUUCACCCCCGCGUAUCGCGGCAUCGCCAUGGCCGGCUACGCUAUGGCCGUAGUCGGCGGCCCGACCGUGGGGCCAAUCGUCUCGGCUGCCGUUGUCGUGCAGCCGAACUUGGGCUGGAGGUGGACCGAGUAUACCACGGGGAUGCUGCAGGCGGCCGUUUUGCUGAUAGCGGUUAUCUUUGUCGAUGAGUCGUAUCCGCCGAGGCUCCUGGUCACCAAGGCACGGCGGUUGCGCCUCGAGACGGGCAACUGGGCACUCCACGCUAAAUUCGAGGAAUGGGAUGUUAGUAUCGUUGAGCUGGCGAGGAAGUUCCUCGUUCGCCCGAUUCAGCUGCUUUGCACGCCUAUUUGCUUUCUAAUCGCGAUAUACGCGAGUUUCUGCUAUGGGAUUCUUUACAUGCAUCUUGGGGCUAUCCCCAUUAUAUUCGGCGAGGUCAGAGGGUGGUCACUUGUGGUCAGCGAAUUACCCUUCUUAGCCAUCUUUCUGGGCUCGCUCACCGGCGCAGCCAUCAACAUGUAUAACCAGCUCUACUACAACAAGGCCUACCACGCUUCAGGCGACCGCCCGAUUCCAGAGAAGAGGCUGCCGCCGAUGAUGCUAGGCUCCGUGCUAUUCGCAGCAGGCCAGUUCAUCACCGGCUGGACUGCCGACCCUGCCGUCGCGCCUUGGAUCGCCCCCGUCAUCGGGCUGUUCAUCACCGGCUGCGGCUUCAACACCAUCUUCCAGGCAGCCCUCAACUACCUCGUCGACACGUUCCAGAUGUAUGCCGCGAGCGCCGUGGCGGCUAAUACCUUUUUGCGCAGCUGCUUCGCGGCCGCAUUCCCGCUCGUCGUCUCCCCGCUGUAUCACAAUAUCGGCGUGGGGCCCGGGUCCAGCAUCUUCGCUGGCUUCGCGACCCUGCUCAUCCCUGUGCCGUAUGUUUUUUAUUACUAUGGGAGGAGGAUCCGGGCAAAGAAUAAAUGGAGCAAGAAUAGUGUGUUUUGAGAGAGGGAAAGAAGGAGGCAAGGAGAGAUACAUAGGUAGAGAGGCAAUGUCGUUUUGCUAAUCAAAAGGACCGACUGCAUGGCAUAGGUUAGGCGUUUGGGGCACGGCUUUGGACUACGGGACGGGGAAACGAACGAUUCAUGAUUGCAUGGUGGGUUCGGGUUGCAUGUUUAGUCAAUAGACAGCAUACAUAGAGAAAUAACUUUUUUUUUGGCAUUCUGUUAUAUCUCGUCCUUCUUUCUAUUGGAGUACCUGCACUUGAAUGAAAGGCAGAAUCUCUUACUGAUACCUGUCGGUCGUGUUUGUGCUAAUGUAGCAUUGUGUUCUGCGACACCCCUGGCUUGGCUUGCCGGAUCGUCGACCGUGAAACAGGGGAAUAUUCGAGGCGAGGCUCUUACAAGUGCUACGGUGUAAUAACUAACUACUAGUAAUUUUUUUCCCUAUAUAACUAGGGCUAGGUAUUAUUAGGAGAGUUGAAUUGCUCGUACGACGAUGGGUUGAUAUGGAUAUGGAAUCAUGGA